CAACCUCAAAUCACACACACAAUCUUACAACCUUCUUACAUUUCCCAUCAAUCUUCUUACAAAAAGAUCCGUUGCAUUUUUUGUUCACGAUUUUAAAAAUGGCUUCUAGUUUUCAAUCUCUACUCAAAUUCUUUCUUCUUAUCUCAAUUUUUUACCUUUCUUCAGCUGCUAGAAACUUGAACGAGCUUGUUCAAGAUCAAUCUCAACUUCUUCAUUACCAUAAUGGUCCAUUACUCUAUGGUAAAAUCUCAGUAAAUUUAAUCUGGUAUGGUAACUUCAAACCAUCACAGAAAGCUAUAAUUACUGAUUUUUUCACCUCACUUUCUUCACCAUCUUCAUCAAAACCAAACCAACCUUCAGUUUCAGCAUGGUGGAAAACAACUGAAAAAUACUACCAUCUCACCUCAAAGAAAAAAUCUACCCAGCUUUCACUUUCCUUAAACAAGCAAAUUCUCGAUGAGAAUUACUCAUUAGGAAAAUCCUUAACAAACAAAAACAUUAUCCAAUUAGCUUCCAAAGGUGAACACAAAGAUUCCAUCAACGUUGUACUAACAUCCUCUGAUGUUUCUGUAGAACGUUUUUGUAUGGACCGAUGUGGCACACACGGUUCUUCUUCUUCAUUGGUACCCAGAAAAGGCAAGGUUGCAAAAUUUGCUUACAUUUGGGUUGGAAACUCAGAAACACAGUGUCCAGGGCUAUGUGCUUGGCCAUUUCACCAACCAAUUUACGGUCCACAAAGCGCACCAUUGGUUGCACCAAACAACGAUGUAGGGCUUGAUGGAAUGGUGAUAAACUUGGCUAGUCUUUUAGCUGGAACAGCAACAAACCCUUUUGGAAAUGGUUACUUUCAAGGUCCUUCUGAAGCUCCUCUUGAAGCCGCUUCAGCUUGUCCUGGUGUUUAUGGCAAAGGUGCUUACCCUGGUUAUGCUGGUGAUUUGCUUGUUGAUUCUACUACUGGUGCUAGUUUCAAUGCUCAUGGUGAUAAUGGAAGAAAGUAUCUUCUUCCUGCUUUGUAUGAUCCUUCUACAUUAUCUUGCUCUACUCUCGUUUGAAGGACUUAGUUACUUUCCACUGGCAGUGUAGAAUGUUGUUGUACAAAUAAGAAAUUAUGUAGGAUUAAUUCAUUUAAUUUUUUUAUAAUGCAGAUUUUGUAAUGAUAAACAAGCAAAUGUACUUUUGUUUGCUUUUUAAAAAAAUAUAUUAGUACUAUUUUUAGUAGAUUUAUUAA